CUCCUAGAAACUUCCUCUGGUGCAAGUGUGGUAGCUAUCAACAACAAAAUCGAACAAGCUAUGGAUCUGGUGAAAAGCCAUUUGAUGUAUGCCGUUAGAGAGGAAGUGGAGGUUCUGAAAGAGCAAAUCAAAGAACUAAUAGAGAAAAACUCCCAGCUGGAGCAGGAAAACAAUCUCUUGAAGACACUGGCCAGUCCAGAGCAGCUUGCCCAGUUCCAGGCCCAGCUGCAGACUGGCUCCCCGCCUGCCACCACGCAGCCACAGGGGACCACACAGCCCCCUGCCCAGCCAGCGUCCCAGGGCUCAGGAUCAACCGCAUAGCCUCCUAUGCCCCGCAGAACUGGCUGCUGCUUUCUGAACUGAACAGACAAGAAGAUGUGCUAGAGAGAGACCACCUCCACAGUCGCGAAGCCACCCAUUUCAUUGCUAGCUGCAAAAGAGAUGUGAGACUGACACAUGCCAUUAUCUCUUUUUUCCAGUAUUAAACACUCAUAUGCUUUUGGCUUGAAAAAAUUAUUAGUUGGGUGAAUUAAAGGUUAACCAGAGAACUAGCAUGGAUGGAUCCUGUGCAACUUGACAGACAUCUGAGGAAUGGUUUAGUGGAUGCUGAGGAGCCGUGUGCCUUUCCAUCCCUUCCCUGCCACUUACUGCUUCCCAGAGUUCGCUCUCCUGCUUGCCUGCGUGGGGCCAGGAAGCGCUGGGGCUCCUCCUGGACUUUGCUCUCCUCUCCUUCCCGGUGAGGAAAUGAGAGGCCAGAGACAAGACUGAAAUGAGGGGGGGACGGGACACAGUCCUUAUACAAAUGACAGUUGUCACCAAAGCUCAUAAAACAUAAUAGUACUGUCCCUCUUUUCUGAGACAGCUGAUAAUAGAAAACUGUUGUUGACAACGGUGAUAGGUAGCUGGGACCUAGGCGAUCUUACAUGAAGGUUGUUGUGCUUAGUGUAUAUUUGUGUAUGUAGUGUAACUAUUUUGUACAGUAGAGGACCAUAGCUACUGUUUAGGUUGUACAGAUUGCAAUUUAGAUGUCUCAUUGGCUGUUUGAAGAGGUGUGGAGUGUCUUUUAUAUAGAAAUCUACAUAAAAAUUGCUCCAUGACAAAAGCCACACCUGAAGAAAUUUUAAGAAUUUGGCACCAUUAGUCACUUUGUGUAAUCUGAAAUCUAGCUGCUGAAUCUUGAAGUAAAUUCCUGUUCAUUGAAGUCUUUUGAUUGAGCUGGUUGAAUACUUUGAAAAAUGAUCAGUUCUGCUAAGAAAAUGGACUUCCCAGUAGGUGUUUUUGCAUAUUUCCUGUACAGUAGUUAUAUAUGCAUACGUUUCUGUGCAUGUUCUCUACACAGUUGUGUCGCUGUAUUUAACGGUUGUACCUGUCAACUUUCAAUAAAGCAUAUAAAAUGUUGAUAAAAAA